AUGGCUGUCUGCCUGAACGCAAAAGAAAAAAAGUAUAUUACUGCUAUAGGAAAAGUUACAUGGAGUCCAACCGAUCCGCUAAAUACCGGAAAUCCAAUCAACGUCACUAUUAUCCAAACGUAUGCAUGGACUGAUCCUUUAGUCCAAUGUACAGAUGCAAUGAUAGCAAGUAAAUCUCCAAUUGGACCUGUAGGCGGUUUCUAUCCUGGUCUCGCAGCAGCUGGCAGCUUAGUCUGCAUUAACAAUUGUGGAUCAACGACUGGUCAAUCGAAGGGAUAUGAUAAUUCGGCUGGGAUACCAAUUAUGCCAGACUGUACUGAUUCAAAUCCAGAACUUGGCAAUGUAAUUGGUCAGCGACAAGAUGUUGUAACAUUAUAUAUGAAUGACGUUUUCACGGUAGCUUAUCAGGGAAGCGCCUGGAUAACAUUAGGCACUGGAUCAGGUGCAAGCUGGUCGAUAGCGUCGAAGAUUAAUUUACAGCUUCGACCGGAUGGCUACUAUAAUACGGCACCGAUUGGAGCAACUAUUUCACCGAUCAAUGUUGUACAAGGUCAAACCCAAACUAUUGAUGUACCAAUAUCUGAUGCAAAUAAUGAUAUUCUCAAAUGUAGAUGGGCCAGUCAAUCUAAUGGUGAAUGUGGUUCAACAUCUGCAUGCCCUCCUGGCUCACUUCCUUCAGUUACCACCUUGAUAGCUCCAUGCAGUGUUCAAAUUACUACCACAUCGAGUGUUGGAACAUACUUUGCGUUAUCGCUCAUGGUGGAAGACUAUUACGAUAACUCAAGUACAACACCCAUGAGCGCAGUUCCCAUUCAAUUUCUUGUCAAAGUUGUUGAUACCACCGCAUGUGCUCGUCCAGAGGUGAUCGGAGUUCCAGGAAAACUAUCUUGCUUACCGAUACAAGUUGGUACUCCAUUUAUAACGCAAAUAAUUGCGAUAAACUAUUGUCCUACUACAACAAAUAUAACCGAAAUAUCGACUUUAUCAAUUCCUGGAAUGAAUAAAAGCGCUUUGAUUCGAAACGAUUCAUCUACCUAUUAUAGAACGCUUACAUGGAUACCGACAUAUGACCAAGUUGGACCUCAAGUAGUGUGUGCCGUAGCUGUGGACACUCUGUCUGCUCAAUCCGAUCAGUAUUGCUUCCUUUUUUUUGUUUCCUAUGGUGAAUUAUGCGGCUGCCCUGGAAGUGGUAUCACUUGUCCAUCAACCACCUCGACUUCGAGUACAUCCACAACCGAAACAACAUCUACGUAA